AUUACCAUAACUUGUACGUGUGAACCGCCAUGGAUCAAGAAAGAAAGCAACCAAAGACAGAGGGUCGCUUUCCAAACCUCGUCCGAUUCAUAUUUUGCACGGCAUGUGUUGUUUUCUUCUUGUCGUGCUUGGCUUUCUUAGUUUUGGAAAACGUUCAAAUGAAGCCGGAGAUUAACUUUGAUCGAGGAGAGGAUGGUCACGGCAGAGACAAUCAAGAAGUUCUGUGCGACAAUCCGAAGGCAGAGUGAUACAGAUGAAAGAGCUGAUGCUAAAACUUUGCUCUCAAGAAGAAGGAAAUCGUUGGCCUUGAGUCUAGAGAGUCUCGAGAAACGAUUGAAAGUUCUAGAAUUAAGGAAAAUCAAGGAAAACAAGGCUUCUCCCAUGGACUUGACCCAGAUACCCGAAGUAUUGCGAGGUCGAGAUGGUCGGGACGGUAGGAAUGGUCCCGCGGGCCCUCCUGGACCUCCAGGGACACCAGGGCUACCAGGGACACCAGGAAUACCAGGUUUUAGUGGUAAUAAAGGCAGAACACAAGGCCCACCAGGACCGAAAGGAGAUCCUGGACCUCAAGGACAAAAGGGACAAAGAGGACAGGGGCUGUCUGGAGUCAGUUACGUGCGCUGGGGCCGGACAAGUUGUGAUGGAGAUGCUCAGGUCAUGUACUCAGGUUUCGUGGGGAGUGGUCACCAUAAUCACCAAGGAGGAGGAGGAAAUCAUAUAUGCCUGCCAAGCCAACCCAAAUAUGGAAAAGACACUGAUCAUUUUGAAACCGCGGGGGCUAUAUAUGGCGCUGAGUUUGAAGUGAGCUCAUUUAAUCCAUUCAAAAGAAAUGUUCAUAAUCACGACGCCCCCUGCGUUGUGUGCUAUGUCAGUUCACGUGGUACACAAGUCAUGAUGCCCGCAAGGGAUGACUGCCCCAAUGGCUGGAACGAAGAGUAUCAUGGCUACCUCAUGACCGCACAUUAUAAUCACAAAAAGCCAAGUGAUUUCAUCUGUGUUGAUUCAGAUCCAGAGUCGGUAACAGGAAGUUAUGGCAGUCAUGGUGGUGCAUUAUUGUAUCUGGUGCAGGUUCAGUGUUCGUAUUUCUCAUCAUGUCCGCCUUACUACCAAGGGCGAGAGCUCACAUGCGCAGUCUGCACAAAAUAACUACCAUGGUAGGAGAGUUAUAAAUAUGGCAACUGGAGUACAAUUUAACAACCUUUCCGAGAAAAAAAUAUAUUUUAGGAGGUUAGGAAAUAAAUCAAUAAGAACCAGAUAGGUUGACACAUCCUUGGACUAACAAAAACUGUUCAAAACUGUUUCACUCAUAGAUCAAAGGCUCAUCUUCUGCCUCAAACUGUUAAUCACAAAUCAAUUAUUAUCAAUCAAAUGUCAAUCAACAUGUUAUCUUGAACGGGAACAACUAUAAUCAUUUAGUCAACGACUAACCAACUCAGUAUUCUAGUUAAUGAAAUAUGACAUUAGACAAAUGCUAAAUAAAAAUUGAGAAUAG